UGCGUGGUCAGGUGAAAAUCUUGAUCCUAGUCCAAGACCAUGACACAUAUUCAGUUAAUCAUAAUGAACUCCUUGAAAGGAACAGUUCUCUGUUCUGCAGCCGAGAGAGAUAUUUAAUCUAAUCUGAAACUUCCCUAAUAAUUUACCAUCAUAAUUACUCCGUAUAAAAUUAUUACCCGAGUACUACUCGUAUUAGAUCAGCAUGAUUAACACACCAUUAAAUUCAACUCCAAGUUCAACCCUUUCUUUUCUUCUCUUUUAAGGAUCUAAAUUUAUUACAGUAGAUCACUAUCUUCCAUUACCCAAGAUUGAAGCUUCUCAUCUGAAUCGAUUUCCAAUAUAUAUCAGCGCAAAAGACCCAUUAAACUUAUUUACCCCCGAUAAAGGCCUCAACUUUACGCUUGAUCACAAGUAGGGUUAUUGUAAAUGUGUGAAGAUAUCAUCUUUAGUGUAGCUUUCUGAGAUUUAACAGCUUUUUUCCUCAGUGGAAGGUUUUAUUUGUUUGGGGAAAAGUGGGAUUCAAGAUGAUGGGAAAGGUAGGGAUUUUAGUAUGUAUAUGGUUUCUUGUUUGUGGGUCUUGUUUGGGUAGAUUUGUGGUGGAGAAGAACAGUUUGAGGGUGACGUCCCCAGUCUCCAUCAAAGAUGUGUAUGAGUGUGCGAUUGGGAAUUUUGGUGUUCCACAGUAUGGAGGUACCAUGACGGGCGUUGUGAUGCACCCAAAUGCUAACCAAAAGGCCUGUGGAAGCUUCGAUGAUGUCCAUGUUUCCUUUAAAUCCAAGCCUGGUAGCAUGCCCGUUUUUGUUCUUGUGGAUCGUGGAGAUUGCUACUUUACUGUAAAGGCAUGGAAUGCUCAGAAAUCUGGAGCUGCGGCUAUUUUAGUUGCCGAUGAUAGGACAGAGCCUUUGAUCACCAUGGACACCCCAGAGGAAGAACACUCACUGGCAGAUUAUCUGCAGAAUAUAACCAUCCCUUCAGCACUUAUUAGUAAGGAGCUCGGGGAUAAAAUCAAGAAGGAGCUUUCAAAAGGAGAGAUGGUAGUCAUCAACCUUGAUUGGAGGGAGGCUCUUCCGCAUCCAGAUGAACGAGUUGAGUAUGAAUUCUGGACAAACAGUAAUGACGAGUGUGGGCCCAAGUGUGUGAGUCAAAUAGAGUUUGUCAAAAGUUUCAAAGGUGUUGCACAGAUUCUCGAGCAGAAAGGGUAUACACAAUUUACCCCACGGUACAUUACUUGGUACUGCCCGGAGGCUUUUACUUUGAGCAAACAGUGCAAGUCUCAGUGCAUCAACCAUGGGAGAUACUGUGCUCCGGACCCCGAACAAGACUUCACUCGAGGGUAUGAUGGGAAAGAUGUUGUUUUGCAGAACUUGCACCAAAUUUGUUUCUUCAGGGUGGCAAAUGAAAGUGGGAAGCCUUGGCUUUGGUGGGACUAUGUCACAGAUUUUUCAAUCCGCUGCCCGAUGAAAGAUAAGAAAUACACAAAAGACUGUGCAGAUCAAGUGAUCCAAACACUUGGCAUUGAUGUUAAAAAGGUUGACAAGUGUGUAGGGGAUCCUGAAGCAGAUGUGGAGAACCCGGUUCUUAAGGUUGAACAAGAAGCGCAGAUAGGAAAAGGUGCCCGUGGAGAUGUGACUAUAUUGCCAACUCUAGUCGUAAACAAUAGACAGUAUAGAGGCAAGCUUGACAAGGGAGCAGUUCUAAAGGCUAUUUGCUCAGGAUUUGAGGAGACAACGGAGCCCACAAUUUGCUUAGCUGAUGAUAUACAAACAAAUGAGUGUUUGCAGAACAACGGUGGGUGCUGGCAGGAUAAGUCUUCUAAUAUUACUGCAUGCAGGGACACUUUCCGAGGGAGGGUAUGCCAGUGCCCCAUUGUGCAAGGAGUGCAAUUCGUUGGUGAUGGUUAUACUCACUGUGAAGCAUCUGGAGCAUUGCGAUGUGGAAUUAAUAAUGGAGGUUGCUGGAAGCAAACAAAGGGUGGACGCACAUUUUCUGCUUGCAUUGAUGACAAAACAAGUGGUUGCAAAUGUCCUCCUGGUUUCAAAGGUGAUGGGAUCAACAGUUGUGAAGAUGUUGAUGAAUGCAAAGAGAAACUGGCUUGCCAAUGUCCGGAGUGCAAAUGUAAGAACACAUGGGGCAGUUAUGAAUGCAGUUGCCGAGGUGAUCUGUUAUACAUGCAUGAACACGACACAUGCAUAGCUGGUAAAGAUGUAAAAACAGGUUUCACCUGGGGCACUUUCUGGGUAAUUGUCCUUGCAUUGGCUGCAGUUGGAGUUUCGGGAUAUGCAGUUUACAAAUAUCGGAUUCGGAGAUACAUGGAUUCUGAGAUCCGUGCUAUAAUGGCUCAGUACAUGCCUCUAGAUAACAAUGGUGAAUUGCCUAACCAAACUUCUCAUGGGAAUGUAUGAUUGUCAAGCUCUCUUCCAUCAAAGUUCAAAGCCGAGGAAACAUUGUAAAUUUGCAGUUACUUGACGUGAUAUGUUUUCCCAGUGCCACUAGCAGCCUUGUGCACGCGGACUCUCGUAUUCAUUAGCAGAAACGAGAAACGAAAUUUUAUUUGUAUUCGUAGGAUACUUAGGAUGUGCAAUAAAGUCCUUGUGGCAUGGGAAAUGUUAGCCAAAUAGUUUUU